CCGGAACCGACCGACGACCGCGGUUUGCAAAUUCCAGUUCCACCUUACCACCACCAGUAGUCCAGUACGAUCACAAGUCCGACCUAAACUGCUAAACAAAUCUUGCGCACCGCUUAUUGCCGCCGCGGCGCAUCCCCCAUCCCCCAUCCCCUCUGCACUCUCCCCUCUCCCCACAGCGAGACGCCAAAACCCUAGUCCGUUCUUUCUCCACGGAGGCGAGGAUGGCGUCGCUGCUGAUCGCCAGCACGGGGGGCGCCCACCGCCUCGCGUGGAAGGACGCCGCCGCCCUGGGACCCGCUCCGCGGCUGGCGCGACCUUGGCCCGCCGCCGUGGCUGCACCGGCGCCGCUGCUCAGGAUUAGCAGAGGAAAGUUUGCAUUGCAGGCCAUCACCCUUGAUGAUUAUCUUCCAAUGCGAAGUACUGAAGUGAAAAAUCGGACAUCAACAGCUGAUAUCACUAGUCUCAGAGUAAUUACAGCGGUCAAAACCCCAUAUCUGCCUGAUGGAAGAUUUGAUCUUGAAGCAUAUGAUUCACUGAUAAAUAUGCAGAUAGAUGGUGGUGCUGAAGGUGUAAUAGUUGGAGGAACAACAGGAGAGGGCCACCUUAUGAGCUGGGAUGAACACAUCAUGCUUAUUGGACAUACUGUUAACUGCUUUGGUGCUAAAGUUAAAGUGGUAGGCAACACAGGUAGUAACUCAACAAGAGAGGCUAUUCAUGCAACAGAGCAGGGAUUUGCUGUAGGUAUGCAUGCGGCUCUCCAUAUCAAUCCUUACUAUGGGAAGACCUCUAUCGAAGGGUUGAUAUCUCAUUUUGAGGCUGUCCUCCCAAUGGGUCCAACCAUUAUUUACAAUGUUCCAUCUAGGACUGGCCAGGAUAUUCCUCCUGCAGUUAUUGAGGCUGUUUCAAGUUUCACAAACUUGGCAGGUGUGAAAGAAUGUGUUGGACAUGAGAGGGUUAAGUGCUACACUGACAAAGGUAUAACCAUAUGGAGUGGUAAUGAUGAUGAAUGCCAUGAUUCUAGGUGGAAAUAUGGUGCCACUGGAGUUAUUUCUGUGGCUAGCAACCUUAUUCCUGGUCUCAUGCACGAUCUCAUGUAUGAAGGGGAGAAUAAGACGCUAAAUGAGAAGCUCUUUCCCCUGAUGAAAUGGUUGUUUUGCCAGCCAAAUCCAAUUGCUCUCAACACUGCCCUGGCUCAGCUUGGAGUGGUAAGGCCUGUUUUCAGAUUACCAUAUGUACCUCUUCCUCUUGAAAAGAGGGUAGAGUUUGUCCGAAUCGUUGAAUCUAUUGGACGGGAAAACUUUGUGGGUGAGAACGAGGCACGGGUUCUUGACGACGAUGAUUUUGUGUUGGUCAGUAGGUACUAAUAAGUGAAUUAUGCAAGUCCCAUGUACGUUGAUGAACAUCGUUUAGUUACAUUAUGAUAGUUUGCAGUCUUCCUUGUAGACAUUUCAGCACUUUUUGAUCACGCUUGAUCGGUUAUCAGUGUAAUGGGAAUCGUAAUCGGGCUUAUUUGUACCUUAAAUGAUAGGUAUAUUGAGAAUAAGCUAAGAGAUCAUGUACAUUAUCCUUAUUCGGAAAUGCCCUAUACCCUUGUACCAUUUGUAUA